AUGAGCAUCACGUUUGGUGACCACACACUGACGCCGCAUGGUCCAACUCUCUUCAACCCUUCCAACUACGCGCAAUUUUUCUUUGAGCCCGACACCAUGGCUACUAGCGCAAUUUCACUCCCGCAAAAAACCUUGACAGCUUUGAGGAAAGAGGUAAAGGGGAUCAACACCCGCAUCUCUUCUUUCGCCCGAAGUUAUGCUCAGGGCAACUUGCAGCGCAUGGAGAACGAGAUCUCCUUGACAAAGAGCCUCUUGACCACCUCGACGCAGGAGCGCGACGCUUGGAAGCGCAAAGCAGAGGACUGGAAGAGCAAAAAUCUCGAAAGAGCAAGAGACUCCAGCGCGCUGGAAGCUAGGGUGAAGACCUUGGAGAAGACCGUACGCGACUCCAGCGCACUUGAAGUUAGGGUGAAGACCUUGGAGAAGGCCGUACGCGCCUCCAGCGCACUUGAAGCUAGGGUACAGAGCUUGGAGAAGGCCGUACGCGCCUCCAGCGAAGCUAGGGUACAGAGCUUGGAGAAGGCCGUACGCGCCUCCAGCGCGCUUGAAGCUAGGGUACAGAGCUUGGGGAGCUCUUUACGCGAGCAGAACACUCUCAGUGAAGACCUUGAGGCAGAAGUCCAAGAACUUCCAGACGCUUGGAAGCGCAAAGCAGAGGACUGGAAGAGCAAGUGCUUGGUCUCAGAGUCUCUUCACAAAGGAAUGCAGGUUCAGGCUCGCGGCCUUCGAGACAACAUGGAUGAAGCUUGUCGCGCACACGCAGCAAGCAGCGGAGAAGUCCAAGAGCUGCGAGGACAAUGCCACCUUUCCCAAAGUCAGGUGGAGACCAUCAGGGCCGAUCUCAACAGAGAGCAAGGUCUUAGGUCAGACGCCGACCGUAAGAAUGCAGAAAUCUCAAAAGAGCAAGAGACACAGGCCAGAAACUUUGCUCUCUUGGCACGUGAGCUCAAGAGCACAAGGAACAAGCUGAAGGUCGUGAACGCAAUCAACUUUGGGUUCUUGGGACAGUUGAUGGGCAAGAUACAAAACUUGAAAAGGAUCUUGAGGUUCAAGAGCCAAAUGACGUCUGUAGUCCAAGAGCGCUACAAUAGCAAGAGCAAAGCAGAGUCUUUGAUGCCUUCUCAAGGCCAGGCCAGCACAAUCAGAAAUGAGCUCAGCAAGGAGAGGAGGAGCACAACGAAAAAGCGCAAGCAACUGCCAGCUUUCAAGCAGCAGGGUGAAGCUACAAUCACUUGCACUGAUCUUCUCUUUCUGCAUCGCGCCAAGGGCAAGGUGCAACAUGUGCAAGAGGAGGUUCAAGAACCCAAAAGACGGUGUAGAAGAAAGAGGAGGAUGAGAUGGGUCUUCAAAAGGGUGACUCGAGCUUCCUGCUUGUCAGAUUAA